AGGCAGGAGGCUUGAGUCAGUCAGGCUCUAGGCACCAAAGGAGGAGGAACGAUAUCGCUGCUCGCACUCCCGCACCACCACCUCCUCUGCGCCUCCUCACCUCAUCUCGCCUCGCCUCACUCUCGCGCCCGUGUGAACCGGAGGCACUUAAGCCGCGCCCGUGUGAACCGGAGAUACUUAGACAAUGUUGAAGAGAGAAAAAGAACAAAGGCAGUAAGGUUUCGAAGACAGCUAUAGUAAAAGUAGUAGCUCGUGUGUCCAGCAAUGAGUGAAGACUUGCGUGUUGGGAGACUGUGACGGUUGUAAGUUAUAGGGAAGAGGUACUGGAUGUCAACGAAGGGUGCUACUGUGGAGGAAAGACUUUCAUUUGAUGGCUGAAUAAAGAUUUUUUUUUCUUUUCUUGGAGAAGAAAGAAAAAUGAGGUAUUGAAAUCUGGCAAGCAUUACAACAAGAACAGCAGCAACAAGGACAGUAACAACGACUAAAGGUGCUGUAAUAAAGUCAAUAUCAUCAGCAAACUUGACUUACAUGUUUCACUGAAGUGACUUGAACUACGUGGCUGAGAUAGGUACAUUGCCUUUUUGUGAGAAAAGAAAGAGAGAGAAAACAAACAAACAAACAAACAAACUCAAUGGUAAUACCGUAGAAUAUUCACGUGUGUGUGUGAAAAAAAAAGAAAUAUAUCGAUACCAAACUUUUCCUUACACUAAAAACUCGAAAGAUAAAAACGAACACAAGAUCAUAAAGCCACAGACAACCAGUAAGAACAUAAAACCACAAGGAAAACUAAUAAGAACCUAAAAAAGACAAACAUAUAACAAACCUUACCUAUCUCACAUCUAACUAGCACCCAUGUCCACCUCCCGUCCCUGCCCGUAAAGAGAGUAUAAAGCCGGCCGGUGCCCCACGAAAGCCUCGCAGAAAUGAUCGCUACACACUCCCUGGUCACUGAGUUAUGAAUGUGUGCGGUGCGGCGACACAUCAGCCAGACUAGGGGAGUGUCCCUCUCCACCACACACCUGUCUCCCUUGUGCUUCAUGCUCCUCCUCGUCCACCUCCUCUCCCUCGUGGUGCCCGUGUGCCUGGAGGAGAGGGAGGGCGAGGAGGGAAGCGGCGCCGAGGAGCAGCCACACUUCCUGCAUGACCAGCUCACCCUCAACGUGUCCGUCCAGCUGGGCUCCACCGCACAUCUGCACUGCCGCCUGGCUGGCAUCACCGAGCAGUCUGUGUCGUGGUAUCGCAAGACAGGUGACGAGAUUCAACUCAUCACCUUCGAUUUCCAGACUUAUCACAAUGACGACAGGUUCGCCCUCAACUUCGAGCAGCCCAACGACUGGCGCCUGAGGAUCCGUUUCGUGCAGCGGCGUGACGAGGGCAGCUACCAGUGCCAGGUAUCCACGCACCCGCCCCUCAUCCGCACCAUCCACCUGCAGGUCGUAGAGGCGUCCAUUCAGAUCCUGGACGAGCGCGGCGUGGAGCUGCGGGAGAAGUUUUACCGGGAAGGGUCGACGAUCGAGCUGCAGUGUCUGGUGGCUGACGUGCCCACCGCCACGGCCCUGCAGCUCGCCUGGUACCACCACCAGCACAGACUCAACUACGACGACCCCCGCGGCGGCGUCAGCCUCAAGACGGAGCUGCGUGGGUCAGUGGCUCGCUCUUGGCUGCGCGUGACCCAGGCAGGGCGUCGGGACUCCGGCAUCUACUACUGCAACGUGACCAACCUCGCCGCCGCCAGUGUGACCAUCCACGUGGUGCCCGACGAGUACCCGGCGGCCAUCCAGCGCGCAGCGAGUGUCUCAGCGAGCAGCGUCACCGUGCUGGCCGCAGUGCUGGCCUCGCUUACCGCUGCACUGCUCGCCGCCGCCCCGCCGCCUCACAGAUAGCAGCUCGGGACGCCAAACAGAGCGCGUCCCACAGCCUAGGCGAACACGGGCACGCCAGCCACCCAGCAUGACCAGUGAAGAAGGAGGAGGGUCGCUGCCCCCCACCACCCUCCACCACCUUGCCCCGCCCUUGCUGUCUGAUCAUUGAUGUGCACCCCAGCAAUACCUGUACCACCGCCUUCCCUCCCCUCCCCACAGAUCCCCUCCCCACCCCGUCCGUCCCCUCGCUGCCCCUCCCAAGCACCCAGGCCACUGCUGUGUAGAUGUAUUCGCUGUGGACUUUUCUGUGUGAUGUUUCCUUAGUUUGUUUCCACUGGUUUCCUGUGUGUUGAUUGUACUGAUCAAUAAAGUACUACUGUAUUAUUCCCCA